AGAUAGAGCUGUGGAAGAAGGAACAAAACAAGGAAGGAUGCCAUCUUCUUCUAUUACAUGUGUUUCAUGCGGUGGAUUUAGUAGCAGCUCGAUAGCUCCUUUCUUCAAGAGCUCCACUUCCAGGUCUCUAAAAUCCCAAAGAAGUAGAGAUUUAGCAGCGAGAGCUCUCUCCACUGAAGAGCCAGAGCCAAUCCUCCAGAAAUCCAGCAAGAAGAAGCCACCAGGCACUGGCUUUGGGGAAUCCCAAUCCACUUCUCCCAAGAAAAAGAGCUCUAAAUCCCCGAAUCCACCUGGUGAAGUACCUGAUACGUCUUCUUCUUCCGGAAUUCGAAGAAGGCCUGCUCCGACAAAACCAUUCGUAGCUCCGCCGCCUGAUCCACAAACCCAGCAGCUCGAGACUUUUGCCGAGAUUGCCUUGCUCGGCCUCGUCGGUGUUGUCAUCCUCGAGGGUCUCGCACUUGCAGCUUCUGGCUUCUUACCCGAGGAGUGGGACGAGUUUCUCGUCAAGACCGUGUACCCGUCUUUCACCCCCACCAUAGGCUUGUUCGUUGCUUUGGCUGCUGGAUACGGCUUGUACAAAUACUUUGGCGGUCAAAACAAAGGUUAGCCACGAAGGAAAACGAAGAUGCGAGCGAGGAUGGAAGUCCUUAACAAGAGUAACACGUUGGAAGCCUCUUACCGGACACACACUCCACACAUACCUUUACCAGAACGUUAAGAGUCAAUGCACUAGCUCUUCUGUGCCUA